AUGACAGACGUUGCAAAGAAGGUCCAGGACUACAAAGAUUCCCUGAAACAGAAAGCAGAACACUUAAUUAUAAGAGGAUUCCCAGAAAAGAUAGUUAAGUUGAAUGAACUUCUAGAAACGUCAAAUUUUCAAAAUCGGGAUCUGUCAGACGUACAUCAGGACUUAAACAUUCCAGUGCCUCCUCCAAUUCAGCCUCAGAAUGAACCAAAUGCUAAGAGGCAGCGUGUAGACUCAUCGGAGGUAUCAAGUAACUCAUCAAUUGAGGGUACUCGAGUGUAUGCGCUGCCAAAUGGAACAGUACCAUGUAAUAAGCCACUUAGUGAUCUAAUACACCUUGUCAAACCACAUAUUAGAGAACUGGUUGAAGAUUCAAACCUGCUUAAAAUGUGGAUUUCAUUUAUGAUCCCAAAGAUAGAGGAUGGCAAUAACUUUGGUGUAUCAAUACAAGAAGACACCCUGGCUGAAAUACAAUCUGUUGAAUCAGAAGCCGCAGCAUUCUUUGACCAAAUUUCGAGAUACUUUAUAUCCCGAGCAAAGAUAGUAUCAAAAGUUGCGAAAUAUCCACAUAUUGACGAUUACAGAAGAGCUGUAAGAGAAUUAGACGAGAAAGAGUAUUUGUCUCUUUGGCUUGUAAUGUGUGAGAUUCGCAACCGCUACUGUUCCUUACAUGAUAUUGUCAUCAAGAAUUUAGAAAAAAUCAAAAAGCCACGCUCCUCCAAUGCAGAUUCAUUAUACUAGGUCUUAACUUUAAUCUCAACUAGUAUUCUUAGGUGCAAGGAUUACUUGUGAACUUUAAGGGUAACUAUAAUACAAAUUUAUUUGGUUUUUUAUUCACUAGAUGAGUGUAUACAGGCGACUGUAUAUAUUUAAUUGAAAUAUUAACACUAAUUAGGUUAAACCUAAUUUGCUAUACUUAAGCACUGUAACAGUUUAAUUAAUAAAUAUUUUUCUGACAUAUCUCAAAAA